AUGGCUGUUAAUCUAAAAUUAGGAAAUAACCUUUUUACUAAAGAAAGAAGAAUAGCAGAGUUGGAAAAAAAAGUAGUUGAAUUAGAACAUAAAGUCUCAGAAUAUGAAAAAUUAAACUUUGAAUUUUAAUUGAGACAUAAAGAAGAUGAAAAAUGUUUAUUUGAAUUGAGAAAUCAAAACAAUCUCUAUUAAAUUGAAGUAGGGUAGCUUUAGGCUCAUUCUUAAAAAUUAACAACAGAAAAAGAUAAACUAGAAGUUUAGCUAAGAGAAAUUAAUGGUAAUUAUGAGAAACUCAAAGAAAAAUAAAAGGAAAUUAUGAACAUCGUAACUAAUCAAUCAAAUGAAAUAAAUGAGAAUCUGUCAUUAAUAGAUAAACUGAAGAGCGAUCUUACUAAAAGUGAGAAUGCCUAGAUUCAAUUAGAAAAACAAAUUCAUGAGUUGUGCUUGUAAAGGGAGGCUAAAAUUGCAGAUAUCAGAACCUUACAAAAAAAUAUUCAAUAAAAAGAAAAGUAUAUUGCUGUUUUGAACAAGGAGAAAGAAAAGAGUGAAGGAAACAAGGAUAAAGAAAACAAGAUGAAAGAAUAAAAAAAGCCAAACUGUCAAUUUAAAUCAUCGAGUAUCAUUGAUGGUUUGGAUGAUGUUGAAUCAUGUUAAACAAUUAAUAGAUUGAAAAAUAAAUAGAAGUGA